UUUCCAAAAUUUCCCUAUCCCGACUACCAUGCACGCUCCUAAUUACUCGACCCGAAAUAUUUAUGUUCUAAUUCUAGACCAAUCGAAGCAGAGGGACUAGCUAUAACCCACAGACAAGAACACAGACUCUCGCUGAUAAGUAGCGCCGCCGCCAUGCCGAAAUAGGGCUGGUGGCUGCAGUGACAGAAGUGUCUUUAUAAAGGCUGGUGGCUGUAGUGACAGAAGUGUCUUCAUAAGGGCUGGUGGCAGUAGUGAGAACGUGAAGCGCCGCUAGUGUGGUGCUUAUAUAAACGGCGAACAAAAUGCUUCAAAGCGGUGUAUUUUCCAAACACGCUGAAUUUGUAUUUGGUUCAAGUUUCAGUUUCAACCCUUCGUUUCAUAAACUUUCACUUCCUAGGCCUUGUAAAGUCAGCUUUUUGAUGGAAAAGCACAGCAGAAAGUUUUAUAAAAAUCCGGUUUUGGCAUGCCGAUCAUCCCGUGACUCUCACGAUUCUUCUACCACCAGGAAGGAUCAUACACCUGUUCAUGGAUUAUCUGAACUGGUUGUUGGUGUUCUUGGAGGAGGGCAAUUAGGUCGAAUGUUAUGCCAAGCGGCUUCACAGAUGGCUAUUAAAGUUAUGGUUUUAGACCCGCUUGAAAACUGUCCAGCCAGUGCACUUUCUUAUCAUCAUGUGGUUGGUAGUUUUGACAAUAGUGCUAUGGUUGAGGAAUUCGCAAAGAGAUGUGGAGUGUUGACUGUUGAGAUUGAACAUGUUGAUGUCGCCACAUUGCAGAAGCUUGAAGAACAAGGAGUAGAUUGUCAGCCUAAAGCCUCUACUAUUCGGAUAAUCCAAGAUAAAUUCCUCCAAAAGGUUCAUUUCUCUCAGCAUGGAAUUCCACUUCCUGAGUUCAUGCAGAUAGAUGAUCUUGAAAGCGCUAGGAGAGCAGGCGACCAAUUUGGCUACCCUCUUAUGAUCAAGAGCAAAAGAUUAGCCUAUGAUGGACGUGGCAAUGCUGUUGCCAAAAGUGAAGAGGAGCUUUCUUUUGCAAUAACUGCCCUUGGGGGAUUUGAUCGCGGUUUAUAUGUUGAGAAAUGGGCACCCUUUGUCAAGGAGCUGGCUGUCAUUGUGGCUAGAGGAAGAGACAAUUCUAUCUUGUGCUACCCUGUUGUUGAAACAAUUCACAAGGAAAACAUUUGCCACAUUGUCAAGUCACCUGCUGUUGUGCCAUGGGAAAUUAAGAAACUUGCCAAUGAUGUUGCAUACCAAGCAGUUAGUUCGUUGGAAGGUGCCGGUGUGUUUGCAGUGGAGUUGUUUUUGACAAAUGAUGGGCAGAUUUUACUAAAUGAAGUGGCUCCUAGAGUUCACAAUAGUGGUCACCACACAAUUGAGUCUUGUUACACCUCACAAUUUGAGCAGCAUUUACGUGCCAUUGUUGGCCUUCCGCUUGGCGAUCCGUCAAUGAAAUGUCCAGCUGCUAUCAUGUACAAUUUACUGGGUGAAGAUGAGGGGGAGUCUGGUUUCCAUUUGGCAAGUAGAUUGAUUGAGAGGGCAUUGAGAAUUCCUGGGGCUACUGUUCAUUGGUAUGAUAAGCCAGAAAUGAGAAAGCAGCGGAAGAUGGGUCAUAUAACUAUUGUGGGGCCAUCUAUAGGCACUGUAGAAGCACGGCUAAAUUCAAUGCUGGAGGAAGAGAGUCCUGGUUGUCCUUCUGUAGACCCUCCAUGUGUUGGAAUCAUCAUGAGCUCUGAUUCAGAUCUUCAUGUGAUGAAGGAUGCUGCGAGGAUACUGAGCAUGUUUGGUGUAGCUAAUGAGGUAAGAACAGUUUCAGAACAUCAGACUUUGUUUUCUUAUGCCUCAACUGCUCGGGAGCGUGGCAUUCAAAUUAUAAUUGCUGGUGAUGAUGGGAACUUGUCAGGUAUGGUUGCUGGCCUUUCUGGCUUACCUGUUAUCAGUGUCCCUCUUUGCUCUUCUAAAUUGGAUGGAAAGCAGUCUGCAGAAGGCCCUAUUGCAAGAGUUGCUGUAAACGAUGCAAGAAGUGCAGCUUUGUUCACGGCAAAGACAUUGGGGUCUGGCGGUGACGCCAACAUACUUGAAAGGGUGAACCAGUUUCUGGAAGACGAGAAACAGUUACACUGCACUGACUCACCUGUAAAAGCCAAGCCUGCCGCGGAAUCAAGUACAGCCGUCGCCCACAGCCACCGUUUCCGUCCUGGUGCUGAUAGCAUAGAGCUAGUGAUAUUUAGGAUGCUUCAGAACAUUGUGCUUUCAAAAAGCAUUGAGUCUGUUUUCGCUCCCAAUUUCACCUUCAACUCUUUGUUUCAUAAAUUUUCAUUUGGGAAACCUCAAAAACUAAACUUUCUGAUGGAAAAUCAACUUAACAUGCUUUGUAAAAAUUCGAAUUUAACUUGCCAAGCCUCACGCGACUCGGUCGGCUAUUCUUCUCCCAGGACGAAUGAUUCACUUGUCCAGAAAGUUGAAGAAAGCUCAAGUGCCAAGUCUGCAGUUGCACCUCCUGUUGGGAUCAUCAUGAACUUGGAUUCAGAUCUCACCAUUAUGAACGAGGCUGCAAAGAUAUUGAGCAUAUGUGGUGUAUCGUAUGAGGUUAGAACAAUUUCAGCACAUCAAACUCCUAGAAUGAUGCUUGAUUAUGCCUCAUCUGCUCAGCAGCGAGGCAUUCGGAUCAUCAUUGCUGGUGAUAGUGGUGCAGCCCACUUGCCAGGUAUGGUUGCUGCACUUACUCCCUUACCUGUUAUUGGUGUUCCUUUGCGUGCUUCGGCAUUGGAUGGACUCGAUUCACUUUUAUCAGUGGUGCAGAUGCCUAGAGGUGUCCCAGUUGCAACAGUUGCAAUAGAUAAUGCAAGAAGUGCAGGCUUAUUGGCAGCAAAGAUGUUGGGGGUAAAUGGCAAUUUUGAUAUACUUGCAAGAGUGAGCCAGUAUCAGGAAGAUGCAGGGGAUGAUAUCUUGAAAAAAGCAGAGAAGUUACAGAAAGAUGGUUGGUCAUUUAUUGAAUCCUUGGCUACCCCACAAGUUGAGAUAAUCAUGGGUUCCGAUUCAGAUUUGCCUGUUAUGAAGGAUGCUGCUAAGAUCCUUAGCUUAUUUGAUGUGCCUUAUAAGGUUAAAAUAGUUUCAGCACAUCGGACUCCAGAAGUGAUGUUUUCUUAUGCCUCUUCUGCUCUGGAUCGAGGCACUUCCAUCAUCAUUGCAGGUGCUGGUGGUGCAGCCCACUUGCCAGGUAUGGUUGCUGCACUUACUCCCUUGCCUGUUAUUGGUGUUCCUGUGCGGUCUUCUGCAUUGAGUGGAAUUGACUCACUCUUAUCAAUUGUGCAGAUGCGCGGGGAUGUCCCUGUUGCAACAGUCGCAAUAAGUAAUGCAACAAAUGCAGGUUUGUUAGCAGUAAGGAUGUUGGGGGUUGGGAAUGCUGAUCUACUGGCAAAAAUGAGCCAGUAUAUGAAAGACAUGAAAGACGAUAUCUUGACAAAAACUGAGAAGCUAGAGAAAGGUGGUUGGGAGUCUUAUUUGAAGCAUCAACAACCAUAUUAAUCAUUGUAGGGAAAAGUUUGAGUGGUUGGAUUAACAAUUCAAUUUUGGCAUGCAUCUUAUGGAUAUUUGAGGUAAUCUCCUGGGGACUGAUCGACAUCUCUUUUUAACCUUUUGUUAAUGUGGUAGCUACUUUGUUUUGCAAUUUGUUACAAAACCUUAAGUUUUUAACUGCAUUAGUUAUACAAACAACAUUUAUCCAACA